GUGCUCUGUGUGCCGUGAGCACGCGUGAAACGAAACUCAAAACAAACCCAGAAGUAUCAUCCGGUGCGCAUGUGGUUUAUUUGUAGUUCAUGAUGGAUCUUCCAUGCAUCCAGUGGCAAGAUUAUGUUGCACAAAAAUGGACCGUACUUGACCCCGAGCUAAAGGAAAAGUUUACUACCCUACUUGAAAUAGAUGAUGUUUUCAAAUGUAGCCUAACUCUGACAACUCAGGAGGAUCUGGACUUCGUGCAGUCAAUCUCUGCAGCAUACUCCGUACAGAAGGAGGCACAGCAGGGAGCCAAAUGCAGGGAGAGGGGGAACUCCAGCUUCAAGAUCAGAGACUUCACUGCAGCUGCUCUGCACUAUUCACAGCUGUCUCUCUGCUAUGCAAACCGCUCUGCUGCUCUCUACCAUCUGCAGCACUACCAGCCGCAGCGGAGCCGCCGGCUCUAAACACCGAAAACCGGUUCUUAGCUGACCCCACUUGGCUGCCCGGCAAGAACCAAGAACCACGCUCACGUCGGAAGGGGGAUUCCCUUGAAGACAUUGACAGAGCUCUAAAGCACGGCUAUCCCUCUCAUCUUUCACACAAACUAGAGGACCGUCGCGCACAAUGCCUCAGGCACCUCUCUGUAGAUCAAAAGGGAAAAGACAAUCCUGCCUCAAAGAAUCCUACAGACGGAGGAAAAGGGACAUCUGUUGGACCUCUUUCAUUUGGGAUUUGUCCUCAAGCUGUUGUUGGCUUCAGCCCGGAGAAAGGGCGACACCUUGUGGCUGCGGAGAGCAUAGCAGCUGGGGAGGUGCUUCUGCAUGACAGGCCAUACAGCUGUGUCCUCAUACCAGGGAUGGAGGAGGUACAAGGUAAAGGAGGAAGGCAGGAUGCAGAGGGAGGAGUGGAGCACCGGCGCUGUCACAGGUGUUUGACUGAAACUCUGAGUCCUGUGCCGUGUGAGGGCUGCAGCUACACCCGAUACUGCUCAACUUCCUGUCAGCGAGACGCCUGGGAGGAACAUCACCAGUGGGAGUGUUCAUUGGGAGCAGAUCUGAUGGUGAUGGGCGUGAUGUCACAGCUCGCUCUGAGGGUCACACUAAAGGCGGGGUUGAAAAACAUCCAAAUGGCCAAGGAGCCAAUCAGAAACGAGCACACAGAGCCAGAGUCCAGGGAUUCAAAGCCUCCCGAUCCUUGUGCUUCACACUACGGUGACACUUAUCGCAGCGUGUUUCACUUACAACACCACCUGAAUCGCCACAGCCCUUGUGUGCGUUUCCUGAGUGCGAUUACCAUAGCAACACUGUACCUAAAGCUCAGCAAGGCAGGACCUCCACCUGCAUCUUGGGACCUUAGUAGACCCUUACAGGCAAACAGCCAUCCCCCAGACGAGGAGGGAGGUAUUGGAGCAGCUUGGAACUCAGAGCUGUGGCUGAUGGGAAGUGUAGUUCUCAGGCACAUGCUGCAGCUGAGGUGUAACGCUCAGGCAAUCAUCACACUUCAAGACACAGGAGCGGAAAACUCACCGGUGCAGUCUAGCAGGGAAAUUCGCAUUGCGACGGCGAUGUUCCCAACUCUCAGUCUUCUGAAUCACUCCUGCUGUCCCAACACCAGUCUGGCGUUCAGCACAGGAACACAUCUGUCUGCAGACUUCAGUGAGAGUGUAGCUGAGAUGAGAAGCAAAGCAAGCGGAGUCACUGUCGCUGUCAGAGCAGCCAAAUAUAUCUCUCCUGGACAAGAAAUCCUGCACUGCUAUGGUCCCCACAGCAGGAGGAUGGCGACCCAAGAACGCCAGCGUCUCCUGCGGGAACAAUACUACUUCCUGUGUCAGUGUGAGGCCUGCACGCUGCAGCAGCAGUCAGAGGAAGAGGACGGUUCAGAGGGCAGACAGCAGUGCUCAAGUGUUGGAGGCAAUCCACAGUCUGGACUUUUGUGUGGAAAGUGCAAAGGAUCUCUCAAUAGAAGCAGCGAGGAGAGAGGAAAAGGAUUCAUAUGUUCCCAGGCAUCCUGCGGUCACUGUGUGGCGUUAUCUGAAGUGAACCAGAGGCUGCAGGAAAUAAAGCAGGACCUGAAGAAGGCUGUGGACCUCAUGGAAAGAGAGAGGCCAGGUGAUUCUGAAAAACCGAAAUAUGAGGCUUUGAGACUGUUGAGGAGGACCCAGAGUCCGUCUGCUCUGAGCCUCGCAGAGACACAUCCGUUACAGGGGGAGUUGGAAGAUGCUACGGCCAGAGCGUAUGCUACCAUGGGCGAUUGGAGUAAUGCUGCCUCACACCUUGAGAGAAGUGCCGUAGCUAUUGGGAACCAGUACGGAAAGGAGAGCAUUGAACUGGGUCAACAACUCUUCAAAUUAGCCCAGCUUCACUUCAAUGGUGGUGCCAGAGGCCCCGCCCUCUCUGUCAUCCCCAUGGUCAGAAAACUGCUCUGCCUUCACUGUGGCCCUCAAUGUGAAGAACUACAGGAGCUGCAAGCGAUGGAGGACUGUCUAACAGCAUAGUCUUACAUAAUAACAAGAGCGGAAAUCUUUGCAGUAUAUUUUUUGUUUUUAACGAAGUCUAAGUAAAUACAAAUCUGUGAACGUUUCUAA